AUGCCGCAGCCUCUAAGUGGCAGCCGCCAGAAACGCCGGCGGCAGUCACUUGAGCAACGGGCGAGCACCUUGUUGUCGCUCGACGAUGUAAGCUCGGCCCACGGAACCAUUGCCGCCCGCCGCGUCCUCACAGCACUUCGUGCAUUGCUCACGGAGCCUGACCCGCACACGUCACAUGCCCGGCAACUCCAGCGCGAAGCCAUCAACAUGUCGACGGCCAAGGCGUACACCGGGGCACUGCCCAUGUACCGGUCAACGCACCGCGUGUGUCCGGCCAAACCGCUCACCGCCCACGUCCGAUCGCGCGUCCUCCGGAGCAACCUCUGCGUCUGGCAAGCGCGCGUGAAGCUCCGACUGCUCUAUCAAUCGUACCGCAUCAAAUGCGUCAAAGUGAUGCUCGGGAUUCUCUUGCUGUUGUACCCCAUGGUGUCGCGGAACUUUCUGCUCGUGUUUCACUGCGACCAAAUCGGUGCGCGCUACUGGCUCGUGAAGGACCGCAGCCUCGAGUGCUACACGACCGAGUGGUCGCUCUACGCCUGCGUCGCGCUCGCCGGCGUCGGCGUCUGGGUCGUCGGCGUCCCGUUUCUCUUUUGGCGCACCGUCUACAAGGCGCGGCACCGGCACAUUGACACACGCUUGGCGCUGCUCGAGUCACGCGCGUACCGACCGCUGCGCGAAAAGUGGCUCGCAGAGAUGCGCACCAUGCUGGCGGCCGAAGGACGAUGUGUGCCCCUCGCGCUCGGACGCCGCGACGAGAUGUCUUACUUGGGCCACUACAUGAAGACAAAGAACCUCGAGGACUCAGCGGUGAUGGCGCGGCUGGGUCUCAUUUACCAGAAUUACAAGAGCGAAUUCUGGUGGUUUGACGUCUUUGAUCUGAUUCGAAAAGUGCUGCUGAACGGUGUCCUGGUCUUCCUCCAGGGAAACGACAUCGUCCAGUCGACGUCGGGUCUCGCUCUCUGUCUGCUUGCGCUCACCCUCACGCUCCAAUGCAAGCCGUACCGGUCCUGGACCGACUCGCUCGUGGCUGGCGUGACCCAAUUCCAGCUCUUCAUCACACUCUUCCUCGGGUUCCUUCUCCUCAUGAACACGACGUCGACGACGGCGCUCACACCGGUGGCCGCCAUCGUCGACGUCGAUACCAUAUCGCUCAUGCUUGUUGCGACCAACUUGGCGUCUGUCGUCGUCGCAGCCGGUGUCCUGCUCCACGACACGGUCCACAACCGCCGCCGCAUGCAAAAGGUGCGGGCCGUCCGUCGUGCCGAGCUCAUUCAAGCAGCGGUGCGGAAGCUCUGGCGACGCGCGUACAACCACGCUGUGGUGAUUGCGUAUGCGAAUCGGCCGGCGCCGCUAUCCGUUGCACUCCUCCUACAGCGCGCCCGGCGUUUACCCCCCUCUGAGAACUAGGAUUCAUCCAGAACAACAACUCGG